CGAGUUGAAGAAGAAGCAUUUCGACGAACGUUGCAUUCCUCUGAUCAAAUUCACUCAGAAUCAUGGCAGAACAUACCAUCAUCCUCGCGCGACAACACGUACUCUGUACCAGUGGCAGACUUACCUAUGCAAGGACCACUGUCAAUUCACGCAGAAUCAUCUCAGGACAUACCAUCAGCCUCGUGCGACCACACGUGCUCUGUACCAGUGGCAGACUUACCUAUGCAAGGACCACCGUCGCAACCUGUAGUUCCACAGACUUCCAAUUCCUCAAUCGAUCAACAGCCGUCAUCAUCGUCGAUCCAACGACAUUCUGACAAUGUGCCAGAUACUCAACAAGGUUCAAAGCGAUCAUCGCAGAAUCAAAAUAAAGACCAGAAGAAAGACGACCGAUUUUCAGACCCAAAAAAGGAUUUGGUCACUUUUCUGGGAAAAAAGGCGGAAUAUGAGUUGGAUAUACGUAAAGAGGAAGUUCGUCUUCGUGAAGCUGAGGUGGCCAACAAGACGGAAGAGCUAAGAAUUCUUCGAAUAAAAACCGAAGCUGAGGUCGAGGAGAAAAAAGAGGAAUUGAGAAUUCUCCGCAUUAAAUCUGAGGCAGAGGCUGAAGAACGUAAGCAAAUUCAGGAUUUGCUGAUUAGCUUGGUUAAGAAAAACCAUUAAAAUGUGCAUAC